UCAUUAUUAUUCCACCGGGUAGAAACACAUCCACUCAGUGUUAGUUGACACGACGCAGGUACCUUUGAUUUGAGCUCUGAAUUUAAAGUGUUUAAAUCGGUAAAAUGUCUGAAGCUUUGCUGCAGUGGUGUGUGGACCAGCUAAACCACAAGUUCGGGUUGGAAGCAUGUGAAGACAUUGUCCAAUACAUUCUUUCCAUCGAAAAAGCUGAAGAGAUCGAGGAGUAUGUGGGAGACCUCCUGCAGGGCACCGAUGGGAGAAAAGGGCUCUUUAUAGAUGAGCUUGUCAGCAGAUGGAAGAAGACUCAGAAACAGGGCUCAGACACCUCAGGGCUUUUUCUUCGCAAGGAAUUAGUUGCAUCACCAGAUUCACAAGACAUGACCAAAGAUACCCAGAAGAAGACUAAACGCAAAGGCCGUAAUAAACAGGAGGUGAUGGCUGUGAGCCAAACAGAACCUGAACCAGAGGCAGUCAAAACCCCCAUGGAUCUGAUGAGGGCCCAAGAAAGCAGUGGUAAUUCCUCAUCAAAGAAGAAAAAUAAGUUUGUUAGUCUCUAUAAUAAGGAUGGGCAGGACCGGCUGGCUGUCUUACUCCCGGGUCGACAUGCCUGUGAGUGCCUUGCUCAAAAGCACAAACUUAUCAACAACUGCAUCAGCUGCGGUCGCAUUGUGUGUGAGCAAGAGGGCUCAGGGCCAUGCCUCUUCUGUGGAAGCCUGGUUUGCACCAGAGAGGAGCAGGAGAUCCUGCAGCGAGACUCCAACAAAAGCCAGAAACUAAGAAAGAAGCUCAUGGGAGAUGCAGGAGAAAGAGAUUAUCUCCCACACCAAGAGGCCAUAAUGAAGGCUGGGUUGGAGAAGGCUGUCUUGCACAAAGAAAAGCUGCUGGAAUAUGACAGAAACAGUGUCAGGAGAACUCAGGUUUUGGAUGAUGAAUCUGACUACUUUGCCACUGAAUCCAAUCAGUGGUUGUCGCCCGGUGAGCGAGAAAAGCUGAAGAAAAAAGAAGAGGAGCUGAGAGAACUUCGCCAUGCCUCUCGUAAGGACAGAAAGAUCACCUUGGACUUUGCGGGUAGACAAGUGGUGGAUGAGGGAAACAACCUGAAUGACUACUACAACAAGUUGGAUGAGACCCUCAAAGGUAUGAGCCAGGACUCCAUGUCAAACUCACCAUCGUAUUCCGAAAGAAAAGGUGGAAUGCAAACACUCGGAGAGUUGGUCAACCCCAACAUAAUGCAGUCUGCACCAGAGUGGGUGGAUGUUGGAGGUAGAGAAGUCAGCAAGAGAAAUGUGGAGCAGGCAAAGAAUUCAUCGAAAGGCAAAGGAACAGAAGAGCGAUCCAAGCUUCGGCUCCAAGACAAAGAGCUGCAGGAGAUGUCUGACGGAGGCUGGUGCCUUAGCAUGCACCAACCAUGGGCUACACUGCUGAUCAAAGGCAUCAAGAGGGUUGAAGGCAGAACUUGGUACACAUCUCACCGGGGUCGCCUUUGGAUCGCUGCUGCAGCUAAAAAGCCCACCCCUCAGGAGAUCGCUGAGGUGGAAGCCAUGUACCGCCACAUCUACAAGAAAGAGCCCAGGUUCCCUAAGGAUUACCCCACUGGCUGCCUGUUGGGCUGUGUCAAUGUGACCGACUGUCUGUCUCAGGAGCAGUUUAGAGAACAAUGUCAUCCACUGGAGACAGUAUGCACCACAGAACAAACCACUGGAAUAUAAAUCCAGGCUUUCAUUAUACCAGUACCUCCCAGCAAAAUGAUGACACACACAUUACAUUUCCAACAGCCUUUUAUGUUUAUGCAGCACAAAGUUCUAUCAGUCAUUUUGUCUUAAAGCUACAGAUGACAGACAGGGCUCACUCUCCCAUUAAUAAGAUAGAGUUGCUACACUCAAUGCUUCUAUUUUUGAUUUCUUUAAUUUCACGUUAAGUGUGGGGAAAGGGGAAAUCCACUUGAAUAUGUUACAAGGGCUCUUGCUUUACUUUAUGUGCUAUGUGGCAAAGCUUGGAGCUGUUCUAUUGGCAGUGUUACGUUUUUGGACUCGUAAAAAGUUAACUUGAGCUUUUACACCCAAAUUACUUUAAUUAAUUGCUGUUUUAAUAAGUAUUAACUGGAAAAUACUCCCCGCUCUCCAUUAAGUCAUCAUGUUUAUACAGAGUCACUCUCCCAUUCUCCGUCAAUGGAACACAUUUAGACGUAAUGACAUUGCCAUCCUCGACUGGACUGUUUUGCCUCUGGCUCUGGAAAAGACAGCUUUGUCUGAGGUUCACAAGUCUGCUCCCCUCUUUUCCUUUUUAUUACAUGUUUGUUAUUCUGAGCUGAAACUAUUCAGUGUUUUGUUGUUCACAAGAAAAUCAAUAGUCAUUGGGCACUUGUUCUUAAAUUAACAGCCUCUGAAAUAUGGCUCUCUAAGCUUUCGCUGAUUCAUUUGGCUGCUUUGGACCCAAAUAAGAAGCUGAAAGAAGUCAGUUGGGCUCUGGUCAACUGUAAAAGUCUUUAUUUUAUUUUUUUUGAACAUUACAUUUUUCAAAGACAAUUAUUGAAAAUGACAGAGCACUGUGCAGAUUUACAAAUAUAAACUAUCUUUUGUUACUGAGUUAAUUAUCAUACAAAUGUCUUCAAUGGCAUCAACGAGGGAUGCUCUGAAGCAAUUAGUUUCCUAAUUAUUUAAGUUUAAAUUUAAAUUCCAACUAAACAACUAGUUAAAGGUAAGAAAACACUUAGGAACAGUCAGAAUUGAACACAAUUUCACAGCUAAAAAUGGGAUCACAGCACGUGUGGGUAAAAAAGGUUAAAUUGGUUUUACCAAGCAUGGCUAACAUCAGCAGAGCUAGCACCACCAUUGUUCCUCCUAGCAGGUGAACGUCCACAUGCCUCUGCUGGUAACGCAUUGGUCUGGUUGACUGGUUUUAUGCCAGUUUAAUGAUGCCAUCUGUGCUUGUUUACAUCCUAGUAGUGGAGUAUUAUAACAUUUUGUCAGUGUUCGUUAACCGGAGCUACAGCUGUGGCUAAUGGUGGCUGGCUGUGCUACAGCUUAGACACAACAUAUCACUGGCGGGUUUGGCCUAAUCUGGUUAAAAUGGGAAAUCGUGUAGUCAAUUUUCCAUCAGAAGUGUCCAUGAUCAAAUACACAUUCAUAUGUGAUAAGGUGUUCUUAUCCUUUCAUAUGUUGUCAGUAAAUAACUACCUGACUCAAAUAGCUAUCCCAGCAUGCAAAAACUGAUACAUGCAUACGGAUAGCCUUCAGUGAAACAUUUUAAGCAGGGAAAUGUGUAAAUUGUUAUACAUUGCACUAGCAUGCCCUAACAUAGCAAAGCUACAAGCCCUCAUACACAUGCACACACAUGCUCAUGCGUCAACUUUGAUGAUAUUUUGAAACCAACCACAUUUGAAAACUAAAAAAGUCAUCUGUUUCAUCUGUCAUCUGUUUAAACAGGAAAAGACACAUGGAAAUGCAAUGAUCUCCUCUGAGGGUGUUGAACUUGUGUUUGCAUGCAUCUGUGCACACGUAUAAACACACGUUUCAUCCUUUAUGAA